AAGCGGCCUGAUUUGUUUACGCGCGAGUCGAAUAUUUGCUUGCAAUUUUCUGCGGUGAGAAAGGAAAAUAUGUGUUUAUUUCAUUUGUUUUAAUGGUUUUAAUGUUUAAUUUGAUUUGUUCAAGAAAGAAAAUUAGCACAGUGAGACAAACAGCUCGACACUUUGUCAUUGAAAUGUUUAAAAAUCAAGACAACCGGCUAGAUACUUUUCGUCGCGUUUGUGAUGAAAUUGGGGAAGAGCGCAGCUAUAACAACAAAGCAGAAUUGCUGAAAGAGUUCUUUCAAAAAGGUGCUGAUCGUAAAGGUUUUAAAGGCGAUGUGUUGCUUUGGGUACAAAUGUUAAUACCCGGUGCCAGUCACCGGGUGUACAACCUGCAAAACAAGCAAAUGGUCAAGUUGUUCUCAAGGAUAUUCUCUUCUGAUAUUCAAGACAUGCAGCGGGAUUUGGAACAAGAUGGCGACGUUUCCGAAAUAUUGUCUAAGUAUUUUGAGACUUCACAUAAAAUAAAACCGCAAGAAGAAAGUUCGCUCUAUCUACAAGAAGUUGAAGAAUUUCUGAUAAAAUUGGAACAGCGUACCAAAGAAGAUGAACAAACAGAUUUGUUGCGACAAUUGUGCAAGCAAGCAACUGCUUUAGAUCUGAGAAUGGUGAUACGUCUAAUCAAGCAAGAUUUGCGUAUAAAUGCAGGAGCGCGGCAUAUACUUGAUGCAUUUGGACCACUUGCCUAUCCCGCCUACCAAUCUUCCCGGGACUUGGCUGCUGUUGUGAAGCAAUUUGCUUCCACAGGAAAGCAGAAACAGUUGGUGUCGUCGCCUCUUAAAGUCACAAAAGUUACAGGUAAAAUUGGUCAGGUGCAAGUAAUGACGCCCAUUUCCCCUAUGUUAGCUAACGCCUGUAAAUCGGUUGAAGAAGCAUUCAAGAAAUGCCCAAGCGGUUUGUACACUGAAAUCAAAUAUGAUGGGGAGCGCGUACAGAUACACAAACGAGGGAACGAAUUCAAAUUUUUUAGUCGUAAUCUAAAACCCGUCAUGGAUCAUAAAAUCAAACGUUUCCACGAACUUAUCCCAAAGGCUUUUCCAGGCGGUGGCGAUAUGAUUUUAGAUUCAGAAAUAAUAUUGGUGGAUACAGAAACGGGGAGCUUGCUUCCAUUUGGUACACUAGGUGCCCAUAAAAAGAAAGAGUUUGCACAUGCGGAAGUGUGUAUUUUCACGUUUGACUGUUUGUUGUAUAAGGGAGAAGAUUUGACGAACACCCCAUUUCAUAAACGCCGAAAAAUAUUGGAAGAACAUAUUGAGCCUAUCAAAUAUUGUGUUGAACUUUCAGAAAGUAAAUUUCUGAAAACAAAAAACGAACUAUCUAUUAUGACUGCCAAGGUCUUGAAGGCGAAUCUCGAGGGUGUGGUUCUUAAGAAUCCAAAUGGCAUUUACCAACCUGGCAAGCGUGGUUGGCUGAAGGUGAAAAAAGACUACCUCUUCGGGGGCAAAAUGGCAGACUCUGCAGAUUUGGUUGUAUUGGGUGCUUGGUAUGGUUCUGGCAAGAAAGGCGGUAUAUUAAGCAUUUUCUUAAUGGGUUGUUACGAUAGUACUGAUAGGCUCUGGAAGACUGUAACAAAAGUUCAUUCUGGCCUGGACGAUUCAGAAAACGAAAGAGUCCACGAAGAGCUUAUGACCCUGAUGGAACGUGCCGAUCCGAAUAGAGUACCCUCGUGGCUGCUUUGCAAAAGAGCUCUGGUGCCAGAUUAUAUCGCAAAAAUACCCAAUAAAAUGCCUGUUUGGGAAAUAACAGGAGCCGAAUUUACUAAAUCGGAAGCGCACACAGCUGCGGGAAUUUCAAUACGAUUUCCUCGUAUAACGAGAUUACGUGCUGAUAAAUCUGCAGAUCAUGCUAACGAUUUAAAAUAUCUACAAAAACUAUAUGAUGCUUCUAAAAAGGAUGUUAACGUCGAUUUAUUACUGUCCAACUGUGACGAUGAAGAUGGAGGAGGAAAACCUAAGAUUGAAGAAAUUGAAUCUAAAAUAAACCUUACGCCAAAGAAAAAAUCCAAGAGCGGAAAUGACGAUGAUGACAUACCAGGAAGCAGCGGUAAUAUGAAAAGGAAGAGUAUUGAGAUGGAAAAAGAGUUUUGUAAUAGUAGCAAGAAAAGAAAAACGCAGAGCCCAAAUAUGAAUGGAGAAAAAUCGAAAACUAUAGUAAAGGUGGAAGGAAAACAGACGAAAUUAGAUUUCAGUUCUCACGUCAAGGGGGAAAACAAAUUUAGUGAUUUUUUGAAGAAGGAAUCGCCAGCCGGUGAUUGUAGUACCGAUUUGCCCAAAAAGAGCGAUAUUUUUAAAAAUUUAAUAGCAUAUUUCGAAGAUAAAAUUAAAGAUGAUAAACUGAAAUCAUCCUUCGUUUCAAAUGGAGGUGUAGUAACCGAAAAUUCCCAAAAUGCAAACAUAGCAUUUUAUUCAACUACAAAGCUUGAUAAAGAUUUGGGUGAAAUCAGGAAUUGUUACAAAAAUGGCACACGGCAUUUGAGCGUUGACUGGCUUUGCGAUUCACUGCGGGAAGGAGAAUGUAAAGAUUAUCCAAUCUAUGCGGUUGUAUUGUGUUAGUAAUAUAUAAGGUUAAAAUUUUAAACAAUUUGUAAAAUUUCAUAAUUUGAAUUUACAUUACAAUUGUACAUAUUUAUCCAUGUUUAUCCAAAAUAUUAAUUGUAAUUACUCAAAAAAUUAAAGCUUUGCACCGCCAAGCACAAC